AUGAGUCAUGGCAAGCCGGGCGGGUAUCGACCCGAGCCAGAUGAGAUGCUUAGCCCAUGGACCAUCCACGGCAUGGAGUUGAACUUGCUCGGCGCGCUGAGCGGCGUGUGCAUCGGCCGCCUCGCCGUGGAGGUGCGGCAGGUGCUGCACGGCCUGGCCUCCGGCAUCACCUCUUUGCUGCCGGUGCCUCCCCACUCCUGGGCAGUGAUGGAGCGGACAGCGCCCUUUGCCGCGCCCAUGGCCGCGAUGUGUUUCCACAUCUCCUCCUGCGCUGUUCUUUCUCCCUACGUGGUGAUCAGCCUCACAGAGCUACUGCAGGAGGCACAGCUGCAUCGACGGCUGCUUGUGCCAAUGCUCGCGGAGUCCUGUGGCCGAAAGUGCCGCAGGUUCGUGCGCCGGCUAGCGGGUCAAGCAGGAGCCGAGGACGAUGAAGAGCUGAUUUGGUUUGCAGAGGAUGGGGAGGUGGACGAAGAGGUGCCGCCAGAUCUGCCGAGUAGCAGCGUCAUCACACAGCGGGUGCUUUUCGAACGACUCGCGCGGGCGUUUUUGGCGCUCUUAUGGGGCGCCCCGGGGGCGUCGCUGGUCGAGCUUCAUGGGCUCCCUGAGGAGGUGCCGGCGAAGGACUUGCUGCUGCCUGGCAGCGACCAGGACUUGACGGAGAACCUGCGGCCGAACGGCUGGCAGGGUCAGGUGGUGCAGUACCAGAAGGAUGGCAAGGUGGUGGUAGAAACCUUCCGAGGCCUCCGGGUGGUAGUAGAGCCGGAGAACCUCAAGGACUUUGCACCUUCGCACCCCGAGCGCGGGGGGUUCCAUGUGGCCUGGCCUCCGGAGGGCAAUAUGGAGUCCCUUGCCGGCUUUACGGCAAGUGCAGUGGAUGCCUUGGCCAAAGAGGGCUACUGUGUCAUCCAGCUUCCACUCAGUGAUGAGACCACCUCAGAAGCCGCGGUGGAAGUGAAAUGUGGCAGGUACCGGUGGAAGCGCCUGCGCCGGGAGUUCGAGCCCGCGUACCUGGGGAAGCACCAGAAAUGCAAAACUGCAUGGCUGGAAGAAAUGGUGGAGGAGAAGCCGUCGAUGGACAGCCCUCUUGAUCUUCUGGACCUGUAUCUCGCGAGAUUGACGCAGUUCCUGUUGCCCGUGGCCCCGUUCGCCUUGGACUUUGUGCCCCACAGCCGCACCAGCGGCAUGCUGCGUGUGCCGGCCUCUGCCGCGGAGACUGGCUUGGCAGAGGCCGUCAGCGACGAGGACAUCGCCAAGGGCCUGGUGGACGAGCACGUGGACUUCCUGCGGAGGCGGAAGCUGUGCAUGUUUCUUAUCGCGGACGGCAGUGGCGGGGAGCUGUCACUGUACCCCAAGGACGGGGAUCAGGUCACCUUGAGCGCGGAGCCAGGGAAGCUGGUGGUGUUCCGCCACGACCGGAUGAGCUACACCUACCGGCCGGAGUCGGAAGAUGACCUGGUCUUGCAGGCUUGGGUUUUGACUGCGCCGGCACAGUUUCAGUUCGCCAUGAUGGACGGGGAUCAGAAGUCCAAGGACGAGCUCUACGGCUUGGUGUCCGGGCCCAACACGCCGGAAGGACGCAGAGUCUGCGUCUUCGGGGUGGGAUUGAACUUGCCCGGGGCGGCCUUUGAGCAUCUGGACAACUACUGGUGCGCAGUAUCGAUGGGCACCGAUGGCUACACCAAGGCGCCCAUCGAGCGCUUUGAUAUUGACGCCUACACACGCACGGGUGAGAACUGGUCACCUGGCUGGACCUACACCAUCCAUGGCGGCUACUGCAAGGACAUCUUCUCUUUCGACAACGAUUUCUUUGGAGUGCCAGAACCAGAAGCUUGGUUGCUGGCGCCAGCCAGUCGCCAGCUCCUCGAAAGAAGCUAUGAGGCUUUGUUCAACACCGGGCUGCGAAGAAAGGACGUCAGAGGCAAGAAGAUGGGUGUGUACAUUGGGCACAGCGGAGAUGAUUGGAGUGUGGAUCCCAGAUUCACCGCUGGCGGCACGGACGCUCACAAGUACGCCUACCAAGCCCGGAAGUGGUCCUGCAUCGCUGGGCGGAUCGCUUACACGCUGGGCCUCCAGGGUCCGCAGGCGUUGCUGGACACCGCCUGCUCCUCCGCCCUGGUGGCCUACGGCGUGGGGCACACGGCGCUGCGCCAGGCGCUGCCGGACCAGGGCCCUGCGGGGGCCAACUCGGGCAUCACCGAGGCGCUGAUGGGCGGGGCCAACCUGAUCCCCGGACCCGGGAACUACGUGAACCUUUGCGGGCCCCACAUGUUGUCUGUCGCUGGGCGCUGCUUCACCUUCGACAUGUCCGCCGACGGCUUCGAGCGCGGAGAGGGCUCUUCCUGCUUCUAUGCCCGCAGCGAGGAGUCGGUUCCGCGAGACGCGCUGGCCACGGUGAUUGGGGCCUGCCUGAAUCAGGACGGGCGGAGCGCCAGCAUGACGGCGCCCAACGGGCCCUCGCAGCAGGAGUGCCUCCGGGGCUCCAUGCGGGAGGCCGGGCUCACGGCGAAUCAGAUCACCUGCUCCGAGCUCCACGGCACCGGCACCGCGUUGGGAGACCCCAUCGAGGUGGGCGCGCUGAAGGGGGUCAUGCAGAAUAGGAAGGCGCCCAUCAUGCAGACCAGCGCCAAGAGUCACAUCGGGCACCUGGAGGCCAACGCGGGACAGGCCGGGAUCAUCAAGUGCAUGAUCAUGUGUAACUCCUGCGCGGGUACUCCCAACUGUCACCUCUUCAGCCUCAAUCCUCACCUGGACGUCAACGGGUACCCCACCGUGUUCAACACCGAGUUGGCGGAGUACGGGGAUCAGUCCGGGUACUCGGGGGUGUCCUCCUUCGGCUUCGGCGGCGCCAACGCGCGCGCGGACGUCUUCGCCAUCGCCUCCCGAGGGCCCAGGAAGUCCGGGAAGGUGAGCUUAGAGAAGGUGGACUACGUGGUGGUGACCUGUCCCUUCGACGAGGGCCCCAUGCACUACACGGAUGGCCGAGAGGUGCCCACCUCCGGCACCCGGAUCUUCAGGAACAGGGGCAGGUAUCACUGCGACAGCAUCCGGGACGAGUUUGACACCUAUGACUACAACAGCAGCUUGUACGAGGGAAAGUACCAGAUGAGUCCUGCAGAGGAGGUGGCAGGGGAUAAGCCGGACACGGGCAUUAGCAUCUUGGGCUCCUGGGAUGGCUUCAAGGAUGCAGUCGAGAUGACUCCAGGUGAGGAUGAUGAUAGCUGGAGCUGUUUGGUCAAGCUCGGCGAGACCCGCUACGAGAGGUUCCAGUUCCGGCUGUCAACCCAAUUCGACGCAGUGAUCCAUCCGUAUGUGAACAACGGCUCGAUGAUGACGCGGGUGGUCGGGCCCCAGACUGCCGGCGAGGACAAGUUCUGGCUGAUCGACGGCCGCGACGAGGAAGUGCCCACGGGCACGAUUUUCAGAGUGACGCUUCACUGGGGCUUGAGGCUUCAGGUGACCUGGAAACGACUGGACUCGAUGUUGACUUCCGGGCAGAUUGUCGCGGACCGGGCGGUGAUCGGAUCCAAGGCACGGCACAGGUAUUUCGUGGUGGGCUCUUGGACCUCUUGGACCUGUUUGGAGAUGAACCCAGAUUCCAAGAGCCCCUUCCUCUUCGAGACCUACUGCCGCAUCGGCAUCUCUGGGUCUGAGACCUUCCGCUUCGUGAGGGACCAGGACGCGAACCAAUCCAUCUACCCCGCCAAGCCGGCGACGAACUCCGAGGCCUCGGAGGUGCCGGUACGGGGGCCCGACGAGCUGUGCAACGACAAGAGCUGGCGGAUCUCAGGGAGACAAGGAGAUCAGCUUCGCAUCCAGCUCAAAAUCGUUGACGCCAUGAUCACGGUGAGUGUAUCAGGUGUCACCAAGGCAGAUUCAGGAUGGUCUGCUAGCGGUAUGACGGGUCCGGCUCGUCACAGCUACUGGGUCCUGGGAAGUUUCAACAACUGGACACCAGAGCAGAUGCUUCCCGGAGAAAGGCCCGGGGCCUUUGUGCUUCGAGGGAUUGCUGGCCCCUGUCGCCAACAGGAGCGCUUCACAAUUAUAGUGGAUGAGGACCCAGAUCUGGUGAUGUAUCCGGACGCUCCCGGAAGCGGGGUUCCGCCGGGCACGGCCAUUGUGAAAGGACCUGGUCGGGCAGAAGAUCGCGACUUCCUGCUGACCUGCUUGAAGGAGGGCACGGAGUUCGAGAUUUGGUUGGACUUGGCCGCGCGGGACAAGCGCAAGGUGGUGGAUGUCCGGUGGCUCUCCGAGCACGUGGACGUGCCAAGCAUGCCGGGGGCCUCGAAGCGAGGAGCAACCCUGCGGCUCUUGAGGUGCAUCCUGUGCGAGAUUCGCAUAGUGCUCUGCCCCAUCACCGGACAGUUCUUCGUGAAGCCUGCGGUGCUGCACGGCUCGGUCUUUGAGGAGCGUGCAGCCAGACGGUGGGUUGCAAGUACAGGUCGUCAUCCAAUCUGGCGAGGAAUCGAAUGCCGGCUCGACGACCUCCGACCUGCUUCGGAGGUUGAGGCGCUGUGCCGGCGCUUGGCUGCCUCCAAGGGCUGGGUGCGGUGCUGCGCGGCCGGAGCUGAGCUGAAGGCAGUCCUGACGGUGCCCGGGCCUGCGGACAUCGAGGGGGGCGGGACCUAUGGCAAGACCAUCUCCAUGGCGGGCUCCGGCGGACGGCCCAUCAUCCAACCCUUCGAGGGCUACGGUGCCGAUGCGUCGAAAUCCAAGGGCAAGAGGGGCGGCAUAAGCGCUGACAAGGAGUUCCUCCAGAAGGUUGGCCUGGGCGUGGCCGGGGUUUGGCUGCUGGGUUGGCUGCUGAUGGGGUGGGACCUGCUGUGGCCGCUCUACCUGGUAGGUGACAUGCUGGGCGGCAUUUGGUCGUAUCCACCCUUCUCCUGGUUCUCCUGGCUCUUCAGCGGCUGGUUCUCCCGAGGGGCGCCUUUGCUCAAUCAAGGGCAGCCGGUGGAGGAGGCUACUUUACCUCAAAGUCAGGUAUCUCAGUACGUCGAUAGCUACGUGCAGCAGUACGGAGACGCGGCCUUGAUCUUCUCGACCCACGAUGGGUACCCCCAGAUUGUCCGGGAGCUCCUCACGAACGACGAUCUGGGGUACAGGGACCUCAUUGAUGCUCGGGACGACAGCGGAAACACGGCCCUGAUCUAUGCUUCCGCCAAGGGCUUCCGGCAGUGCACGGCGGCGCUGCUGCGCGCGGGCGCGGACCCGGAGCUGCCCAACGAGGGCAACGGUGGGCGAACCCCUUUGAUGGAGGCUGCAGGUGCUGGUUACAAAGACAUUGUACAAGCCCUGCGCAUGAUGCCCAACAUCUCGGUGGACAUCGCGGACGACCAUGGCAACACGGCGCUGCACUAUGCCGCGUACCACGGGCAUCUGCCGGUGGUGCUGGAGCUGUUGAAGAGCAACCCCAACAAGGACCUGAAGAACAUUUAUGGCCACACGGCCGCCAGUUAUGCAGCGUCCAACAAGUUCAAGGGGGUGGCGGAUGUCCUGAACCGAGCAGACCCUGUGAGGUCGCAGAGGAGAGCCAAGGAAAAAGAGAAAGCGGACGAGGAAGCGCAGAAGGCGAUUGAAGACAAGAUCAAGGAGCACCUGAGCUCGCUGAAGUCGAAGGAAGAGAAGAAGCGAGUGAAGGGCAAGGCUGAGGACCUGCACGAGAAGGAUGGGGAGGCGCAGCCAGUGCCGGCAGCGCCGCAGCCUGCUGUGCCGCAGCGGGCGCACCCGCGAUCCACGCCUCCCAAGCGGGAGGACGGUCAGCUGCAGCCCCAGCCGGCCUCAAGGUCAGCAAGCACCGUCAUCAAGGCGAUCGACCCCCCUGAUGUCUGGGCGGGAGACGUCCAAAGCCCAGCCCGCACCCUCGUCAAGGCGAUCCACUCCUCCGGCAUCUCGGCGAUCAACUCCCCCCACAGCGGGGCGGGGGCGGAGCAUGACCAGGAGCUGAAGCAUCAGAUCGGCUCCUUGCGCAAAGACUUGCACGUAGUGCGGGAGAACGUGGAUGCGCAGCUGCAGCACCCGGAGGAGCAGCGCCUGGCCAACGUCCUGCGGACGCGGAUGAACUCCUUGUGCUCGGAGCUGGCGGACUGCGGCAUCGAGGCCCUGCACCUUUGCGCGAACUUGGGGCACCGCUCCAGCGAGGCGGCAGUGCUGAGGUCCCGGAGCGCCCCGGGGGGGCACGUGUGGCGCCAGGCGAGCCAGGCAAAUGCGCCCAUGCCGUGCGCCUUCGGAUGCCCGGGCACCUACCCCAUCGCGCGGAUGGCGACCAGUCCGCCUUUGGCCUUCGCCUUCAACCCAAACGCAGGCUCCCCGUCCCCGCGCCUGGCGCGGGCCUCCGCGGAGCCGGUGACCAACAGCGUCUUCCGCAGCUUCAGCCAGCCGCGGGAGUACCAGCACUCCAGGGCCCAGAGUGGCACCAGCGACAUGCGGCAGCCUUCGGCUCAGCUACCGCUGCAGCCACCGAGCCCGGUGAACGUGUUGACGGCAGCCGCCAGCACGUCGAGCCUCGGGAGCAGCUUUUUGCGGCCCUUGGUGUUACCCAUGGGCGCCACAGUCAUGACGAAGGGAUCCCUGGGUGGCCCGCUGUCGCCCAAGGAGACCCUCACCAGGCCCCGCGCCCCGUCUCCAGGCCCUCCGGGCCCGCUGCUGUCUCGCUUCGAGCGGGACGCCAUCACCUGCGACAGCUGCGGCACCUCAGGCAAUCGCUUGGCUGACGAGAUGGAUAUGGCUAGACCAGAGAAGCUCGCUGAGGAGGAGCGCAAAGAGAAGGUCCUGAACGAGGUCUGCAAAAUGGCCGGGCGCAGGGCCGGGAAGUUGAAGGAGCGGCUCAUGGCGGCCACCGCCAAGGUGAGAUCACGCUCAACAAGCAUAGGCCCCAGCAAGAAGCAAGCCAUGGACCCCGUGCGCGAGGGCUCGCCCUUCGGGAACCCGGCCCAAUGGCAUAAGCCUGGCAGGAUCCCGUCGUAUAUGAAAGAGUCAGGCGGCUGGUCGCCCCGGCGGCCGUCCAGGCACUGGACCUCGGAGAACUUGGUGCCCGGGAGCCCGGACUUCGAGCCGAGCACGGAGAGCGCGCGGGACGGAGUGAGCGCCGCGGAACGGAAGGCGCUGGAGGAGCAGCUCACCAAGCUCCGGCGCCAUCACGAAGAGGCUGAGUUGAAGUCUCAAAAAAAGAUCGUGGAGCUGCUGGAGAAGCAGGCGGAGCAGCAGAGGGGGCUGGACGAAGCCAAGGACAAGCAUCGGGAGUACCAGCUGAACCACACGGAGCUGCAGAUGAAGGUGGAGGAGCUGGAAAGCAAGCACCGCUCCAGCCUUCUCCGUGCUGAGGAGGAGGCGGACCGGGCAAGCUCCAUCGCUGAGAAGCACUCGGAGGCGAAGCUGGAGCUGGAGCGGCACAGGCAGCGGGCCGACGCACUAGAGAAGGAGCGGGAUCAGCACGCUGAGGCGGCCAAGCGCCAUCAGGAGCAUGCGCAGAAGGCUCACCAGGAGGUCUCAGAUCAGCUGACCAAGUUGGAAGCGCACCAGAAGGAGAUGUCCUCCCUGCGGGAUCAGCUUCAGAAGGCCCACGAGGAGAAGCGCAAGGAGGAGGACCGGAUCCGGCAGAUGGAGGAGGAGCUGACCAGGCUACGUGGAGGUGCCGCGAGUCCAGCCCCGGUGCCUCCGGCGCCGGUGCCGGUUACGGAGGCUCCCACGGAGGCCCCGGCCACGGAAGCGCCGGCGCCGGAGGCACCAGCGCCGGAGGCGUCGGCUCCGGCGCCCGCUGAGAGGACGGAAGCCCAAGCUGAACCUGUUCCCGAUGCUCCGGAGACACCAGCGGCGGCUGAAGGAAGCAAGCCGAUCGAGAGCUGA